ACACUGAGGGGGAGGACCAAAGAGGCACCGGCGGAAGGAUACAGUACUCAAAGUGAGGCAUAGGACACGCUGGAUCGAGGUUUCCGGGCCACUCUGGUGCAACACGGCGACAGUCUCCACAGAUUGCUCAAAACAUAUAUUGUAAUAAAGUUUGAUAACUUUUGAGGACUUCUUACGUGUAACUGUAAAUUCAAUACAAAACCUUAGAUUUGUCGUCAUCUUCACGGGGCUCGAAACGUCAACGAUACAAUGGCUGAUCAGCUGACUGAGGAGCAGAUUGCUGAGUUCAAGGAGGCAUUCUCGCUGUUUGACAAGGAUGGUGAUGGUACAAUCACUACCAAGGAACUUGGGACUGUGAUGCGCUCUUUGGGACAGAACCCCACUGAGGCCGAGCUGCAGGAUAUGAUCAAUGAGGUGGAUGCUGAUGGUAAUGGUACAAUUGACUUUCCUGAGUUCCUGACCAUGAUGGCCAGGAAGAUGAAAGACACAGACAGUGAGGAGGAAAUCAGAGAAGCCUUCAGAGUCUUUGACAAGGAUGGUAACGGAUACAUCAGCGCAGCAGAGUUACGGCACGUGAUGACCAACUUGGGAGAGAAGCUCACUGACGAGGAGGUGGACGAAAUGAUCCGCGAGGCUGACAUUGAUGGUGAUGGGCAGGUCAACUACGAGGAGUUUGUCCAGAUGAUGACUGCCAAGUGAAGAGAACACUGAAUUUUUUCUCAAUGUUGCUUGUCCUCCUAAGAUCUCUGUCUUUAAGAACCAAAAAAAGGAACAAUUAUCAAAUGAUGAACAAACUUCCCCCCAAAAUUACUUUUGUUGAACUUAACAAUCUGUGCUUCACUAUAUCCAAAUGCUUCUUAGGUUUCUGUUAAUCGAACACCAACAGAAUAAUUCCUAGAGAAGUCAAUGGACCAAGCUUUAAGUGGGCCGAAGCCCUGACUUCAGACCAAGAUUCUGCUGAGUCACCCAGCUCUUGAUUAAUUUAGAGGAAAGAGCAACACUGAAAAGGCAGAGGGGUAGGAGCCCAUGCCACAGUUCGUAUAGAGAAGUUGGCUAUUUAAUUAUUUCCAAUAUUCAACCAAGAACUCUUAAUACUGAAUUAAGUACUCUUCUUGCAUGCACCCUUCCUGUGGCGGUCUCUUGUCACAACAAGGAGGCUCUGAUCCCAUCAGAGGUAGUGGUCAGACUGUGUACACACUGGAGGUAUAUACAUAACUAUAUAGCUAUAUAUCUGUAAAAUUUGUGUCACUAUUGAUUAUUGCAAGAGCAAAUAGUUGCGAUGUAGGGUGUUUUUUGGUUGUGGGUUGCAGAAGCGCAUCCUUAAACCUUGAAGAGUUCAGACAUGAACGAAAGACUGAAAAGUGCAGAUUUUUUUUUUCGUUUUGGGGAUGAUAUAUUGUCUGGUUUUGAGGCAUGGGCUUAACAUGGCCCACAGCACUGAUUGGAGACAGACAGUAGUAUGUUGCAUUGCUUCAGAAGGAUUAUUGUGAAAACAAUACUUAAAGACUGCAGUUAAAAUAUUUGUCCUGCAAUCAGAUAUCCUGAUGAUUGAUGUAAUGCUUUAUAAAUGUGUUCUCAAAUAUUAAUGUAUUGCUGACAAACUUUGGUCACCAGAUAUAUCUAUAUCUAUAUAUAUUAGUGUGUCGUAAAGUUUGCAUUGCCUAUUGUUGUAGUUAAUGACCUGUGACAUGUUUUAUCUUUGGUUUUGAAAUGUGCCAUAAUACUCUAAAGGCCUCAACCUUCCUGCAAGACUCGUAGUUCAUUAGACUAUAAUAACCCUACUUAAUAUAAUAACAUAAAAAAUAUAAGCAGCUCAACAUAUUUGCACUUUGGUAUAAACCAUAUGGAUAUAAAAAAAAAGGUUUUGUUGUAAAAGAAGAAAAAUAAACCAAAUGUUGCUGCUGCUAUAACAACUAUAUGUUACACUCAUUUCCCAUCCUUGGUGUCUGAUCUUCAAUUUGUAGUCUGGUGAUUCCAACUUCAAUCUGCUUGCUGUUUUAUUGAACAGGAUACAUAAAGUGUAUAUUCACAAAAACUACUGGUGGUGGGGUUUAAGUGUUUAAUUUGGGCUAUUCGUAAAGGACUAUCAGAUAGAGAUGAAAUUGGGUUGUAGCAAAUAUUGCAAAUAUAACAGAGCUUUAGAUGGGAAAUGUUUUAGGUUUUUAAACAGUAGGCUAAAUUGAAGAAGAGGGUUGGCUGAUUUCUUUAAUGCACAGAACUUAAAUGCUGCUCGGCUUGAGGCGUUUUAAUUGGUUAUAUUUGAUUCGGAUGUCAGAAAGUAAAUGGUUAAUGGACUGUUAACUUCUGAAGGUAUCAAAAUGUAAAGAUGUGAUAUAUUUUCCAUAAAUCAAUAAAUUGAGCUUUACUUCA